AGUCUCCAAUUUUCGUGGAGACAUGCACGGUUUGUUUUGUUUGUUCGCAAAAAUAUCAAAGGUUUUUGUUCCAUUUUUCUUGAUUAAAAAUUGUUAAAAAUUUAGUGAAAAUGGACCAAACAAGUGUGUUUGAGCUAAUAAGUACAUUGUGCCAGAAAUUGCGUGAUGAUUGUGUGGGAAAAUCAGAGAAUAUCACAUCAUUUCGCACAUGUCGUGCCAGAGCCUUUGAAAUUAUCCUGAAAUCAGCAGGAAGUCCUUCAAAUUUGACUGAUCCUGCCCGGGAAUUGGAUUUUCACCUCUUUGAGAUGAAGCUGAAGGCAUCAACUGCAUUCCAUCGACGUCGAAAUGAGCAGAUGGAUAAAAUUCUUGAUGAAAUUGAGAGGGAUUCUUUCUUCCGGACAGAAAUUGGUAAGGCUAUCCUCACAUUCCUCUUCCAUUUGAGAUCAGAAAAUCCACCAGAUACGUACAAAUACCACCAGACAUCAUAUCCUUUUGGGCUCUUUUCCUCACUUCAAUCGGCAAAUGAGAAAAAUCCCUAUAUCACUGUGACUGAGGAAAUGUUUCAAUUACCCAAUACCUUGCCACUUCUGGACAUUGGAGUGAAAUCCCAUGAGCUUAAUCCGUAUUUUAAGUCAUUCUCUGAAGAAUUGGGAGGGAGUUUCUUUACACAGAAUCUCCUACUAGCCCAGGAUACAUUUUCAAAGCCAUUUGAUGAAAUUCUUAUGCCUAAGUUUCCGGAUAAUCUUCCGGAAACUGAGCCGGCAGAUGAAGGAUUAGUUAAUGGUGUACCUGAGAGGGGGAUUGAAAGGCCCAGUCUGGAAAAUUGUGGAAGAAUUAGUAAAAAUGAUAGAAGAAUGGUUAGUCUUGAGGAAUUCCUCAAAGAUCUGCGUGCCCUGUGCAUGGGAUUCAAAUCUCCAAGCUUCCCAUACCGCCAGAAAAGGCAUGAAUUCCGCCUUGCGAGGCAUUUUCGUGUGGAAAAUCUCACAACAAAUACUCUCAAUCAGUUGAUUUUGCCAUUCCUGGAAUUUGGCACUUGCAUGAAACGCCUUCAGCUCCUGAUUGCUCAGAAUUCCGAAACAUCUCAACGAAUCUACGAAGGAUUCAUCUUUAGGGCUUUUUGCAUUGCAAUGGCUCAAUAUUUGGCAUCUGUGAGACAUUUUAUCUCCCUGGGAAAUGAUAAAUCCAUCUUGGGAUUUUCCUACAGACUUUCAGGGAUACUUGAUCAAAUAACAACUCUCGGAAGAAUUUGUCAUCUCAAUCCGAGGGUUCAGGAACCUCCAGAAAUCUUUCCUUCAGGCGCUAAAUUACUCAAAUACCUUUCAACGCAUCUCAAUCAAACAAUGCGCAGGGAAAUCUUUCUCCUCCUGGCCAAUCUCAUGGUUAAAUGUGUCGAAUUCUACCUGAGACAUUUGGAAAAAUGGAUUUACCAAGGUGUUCUUGAAGAUCCUCAUGGAGAACUCUUCAUAAUGUUCACGGAUCAGUAUGACUAUGAUACGAAAAAAUUCUUCGAUAGGGCCUACAGUGCCCAGAAAGAUCUCAUUCCGGAUUUUCUACACGGAUUCGAUGAAAACAUUGUUCUCUGUGGGAAAUACACCAUGCUCCUGAAAGCCUUCAAUCCUCUUCAUCCUCUUUUCGACAUCACCAAACCCUGCCUCAAGAUCUGCCUCUCUGACACUCAAAUCUCUUCCCUAAGGCAAGAAGUAGAUCUCUAUUCUAAAACAGCCUCAGUUUCUUGUGGUCCCAAAAUCACCAUUGAGGAAAUCCACAGGCGAAAGGCAGAAAAAAUGGAAACCCUAAAACGUCUGGUCGAAGCUAAAAGACAAGAAAAUAUCCAACGAUGGGAAAUUGAGCGUGAAGAAGCCGAAUCGGCAGCUAUAAAGCUGAAGCAGGAGCAUCUGCAGGAGCUGAAGCAACAAAUGGAGACGGCACGGGAAGAAAAGGAGGCAAGGAAGAGGGAAGAAGUUGCUCAGGAAUUGAUAUACAUGGAACAACAGCGUCUAGCCGAGGAGGCUGACAUGAAGCGUGACAUUGACGAGCGCACCAGGAGGAUUCAGCACUACCAGGAACUCAAUCAUUUGGCUGAGAAGAAACUUGAGAAAAUAGAAAAGGCAAAAGGAAAAAUCGAAGAGGAAAUUUGCAAUGAGAAUUACACGAAGGGCAUGAAGAAAUCUAAUUCUGACAUUCUCAAUGCCAAUGAUACCACUUCAGAUUUGGCCAGGAAUCGGGCUAAAGUUUUGGGAUCAUUCAAUCUGGAUAACAGAGAAAGUCACACAGAAAACACUAAUUUAGGAAAUUACGAAAAUUGCGACAAUAAAAAGCUAAAUGUGAAUCUUCCGGAGGAUCAAAUGACACCUUGCCAGAGAAAUAAGCUCAAAGUAAUGAGUCAUGAGUUUAACAUUAACAUUCCCAUGGACACAAAACUCAGUCGUGCCAUCAAGGAAGAAACAAUGACAGAGCUAGAACGCAAUCGUCGUCGAAUUCUUUACAGAGAUCUCAAUUCUAACACUGAAAGUGAUUCUGAAAUCAAUAAAAAUUCCCUAAGUUUGAAUUUUGAGACAGAACGUAUGAGAAAUCGACGAAAAAUCCUCGAGACGGAAUUUGAUAUUGCAAUUCCGACAAAAGAAAAAUUAACUCCGAUGAGUACAACGUCAGACUGUUCAGGAGGGUCUGGGGAGAAAUUUGUGACUCCAGAGGAGGAAAGGAAGGAGUUUUCUGCUGAAAAGAGCGAAAAGGUAUCUGAAGUCGAGGUUCUGGAAGGUGAAUUUGAGAUAGAUGGGAAUCUUGAGGAAGUAUCAGAGGAAGAAGUUGUUGUAAAAGUUGAAGAAGUGGAAAUUGACGUGAAUGAGGAUGUUUUUCUUGAGGAAAUCAUGAAAUUUAGAACAUCAACGUUUAUCAGGAAUCAAGAAUCUGUUCAAUGUCCAGUGGAUCUCUCACAACUCAAUGCUGUGUCCAUGAAAGAAUUUCUCAGACUGUCCAUUGUAAUUCCUUUGGAAGCUCAUAUGUCUCUGCUGAAUGGAGAAAUCAUGAAGAUGUUCCUGGAAGAUCUGGACAUUCUGGGACAUUGGCAGAGUCUCAGGAAGUACUUUUUGCUGAUGGAUGGAGAAUUUGGAAGUCAAAUUGGCGAUGGAUUGAUUGAACGUCUCGAAGGGGGAAUACGACCAGGAGAACUACUCAAUUUCUAUACACUCCACGCAAUCCUGGACACAGCUCUGGGCUUCUGUGUGGCCGGCAGAGAUAAGAACAGUGGUCGACUUUCAUUUACCGUCAACUCCAUUCCUGGAAAAUUUGACCUCCUCUCACCCAAUGUCCUGGAGGAUCUUCGACUAAGCUACCGCGUGGAGUGGCCUAUAAAUCUCAUUCUAAGUCCAGAGACCCUUCAGCAGUACGCCAGUAUUUUUCAGUAUCUCCUGAAAGUGCGUCGAAUGGGAUGGAUUCUCGAGAAUGUCUUUCAGCACCUUAAAGAACUCUCUCGCCUAAACAGAGAUGUUCAAAUAUCCUCCCACUAUCGUCACAUUCAGGUCAUGAGGCACAAGUUCAGUCACUUUGUCCUCACCCUGCAAAAUCAUAUCACCGUGACGGCGCUUCAGGCAUCCUGGGAGCAACUCAUGGAAGAUCUCAAAAAUGCCAAGAGCAUGACGGAUUUAUACAAAAAACAUACGAGCUACAUCAAACGCAUUCGCUUUCUCUGUAUGCUCAACCGACACAGCGUACCAUUCUACAGUGCCAUUGAAAACGUCUUCAAGCUCAUAAUCCGCUUCAGCUGGAUUCUGAAGGCAAAAGCAUGGAAGAUGGGCCCCAAGGGCUUCAUUCACCCAAAAUACGGCAAAUUGGCAGAGACUGAAGAGAAGUUUGAUGAACUCAUGAGAUAUAUCAUCCAGAUGGGAUGGAAAAUUGUGUCCCAGGGCUACCAGACGGAGAUCGGAGAAUUCAUCUUCCUCCUCAACUUGAACGGUUACUAUGUGGCAGAAAGCGAGUUCAAGUGAAAGUCAUUGCUUGAGACCAAAUAAAAAACCCUAAAACAUUUCUGUUGUUGAAGAAAAAUGUA